UCUACUAUCUGCUGGAUUAUUCCAAUAUCAAAUUUGCAAUUAUUACUUCGUGAACGUUAUCAUAUGUUUAUCAUAUCAUUAACACGAAACGGAACGAUUAAACCCAUUCGUUUUAUCGAACCAUUCCACUUAAUUAACAAUACAAAUACGCGAAAACAUAGCGCAUAGAAGGUAUAGCAUCUGUAACGCACGAUUGCUCGAAACGAACAUGCCCUCGAAUGUCAAGCCUGAAAAUUGAUUUGCGCCAAUGAGCAACACGAUAAGCAUAUUAAACACUGUUAUCGUAAAAACCCGGCAAACCAGGUUUCAGGAAGCCAUAAUUUAUACUCUUGCUAUACGAUCCCAUAUAACGAGAUGUUUUUGCAAUUGUCAAACCGAGUAUAUAUAUAUAUAUAUAAUCGAUACUCCGUGGCCAUCGUAGUCGAGACAACGAGGAAGAUGAACGUAGCCGUGAUAUUACUGGUGACAUCGGUGCCGUGGGUGAUCGGGUAUCCAGGAAUCAAUGAGAAAUCGGAGGAGGCAAAGAUAGUGGGGCAGAGGGAACCGUUAGGAUUAUUCGAAAGCGUAACAUCGUGGAGCAAUAAAAUUUUUCCAUUUCAAUUUUUGAACGGGAACAAAAAGGCGGAAGAUUCGAAGAAGCUCGAUGCACAGAAGGAGGAUAACGGCGAGCAUGUUGCGACGUCCCCGUUAGAGAAAAUUUUUGGCAAGGAUAAUAUAUUCGCCUCGAUGAUCUCAAACGUUAUCGGCACGAUUGGAAAAGCGAUAGAAGAUAUCGCGAGCAACGUUCAAAAAGGGAUAGGAUUACCUUUUUUCCCAAACAGAAAAAAACCAGCAGUAGACGUGGACAAAAGUGAUUCUGGCCACUCGAAACGAUACGGAUCAAGGGAGGCGAGCGUGAAAGAAGGAGGUCGGAGGGUCGGUUAUCGGGAAUCAACAGAAGGCGCGAAAGAAAUUGAUGGCGAAAAACGCGCUAUUCACUCGGCCGCUCCUCUGCCGUCUUUGGAAGGGGUUGAUGCAAAAACAGGUGGCGGCGAGAGAAAACGCUGGGAUGGACCCGCGGUAUCAACGGGACCUGAGGAGGGAUCGGGUGACGCAAAAAGCUGGAGUCAUUCCUCCCAAGGAAUUGAGAAAAACUCGUUAACCAGCGCGAAAGAAGAGAGUUCUUCGACAAAUGUUGACGAGAAGAGGAGGGGAGGUUCCGAGGAGGUGAAAGAUAAGGUUGCUCGUGAAUCGAUCGAGGUUAAAGAGGAGGGGAAGAAAGCGAAGGAGAAAGUUGAUGCAAAAGGGAAGAGAGAUAAGGUUAAAAGGGAAGAAAAAGGGGGAAAGGAUGAAGUCGGUGAAAAAACGGAAAAGAAGAAGGAGAUCGAAGAGGAAGAGGAGGAAACGUGGGAGAAAAAGAAAAAGGAGGUUAAAGAAGAAGAGGAGAAGAAGAAAGGUAAAAGGAAAAAGAAGAAGGAUUAGUUUGGGGGCCAAGCUGAAGAGGAUCGAUCGAAACUGGUGAUAGUAAUGUGUAAAAGGAUAUUUGAAAUUAGAAAAAAAAAAAAGGAAAAUAAUUUACGAGUAUACGAAGAAAAAGCAUAAAGAGGCAUCAGACAUUGCGAAAAGAUGAAAUUAUCCGGAAAAAUAGCUAAAAAAGAAGCAUGAAAAAACACAAAGACAACGUUGAUGAAACUGACUAAGAAAAAGAAAAUGAUCACGAAUAGAAUGUUCGAGCAUAAAAGAG